GUCCCUCCUCCCUGGUCCCCCAUUGGGGCAAAGGCUCCUGCAGCUCGGCCAGUGAGGGACAAAUGAGAAGAGCUGUUGAUUUUUCCCCCUUGGCCAUUCAGAAUUUUCCCACAUAAAUACUGAGAAAGACACUGCCCUCUUCUUACUUUUUCUCUGGACUUGUCCCUGGGCUGAAUCGGGUCCCCUAGGGGUGGGCAGUGCCAUGGGGGACCUGUUUAUGCUCAGGGUGACUAUGGGCAUAUGCUAUGCCACCUUCAGUGCCUCUGCCUGGUAAGUCCUUUCCCCCAUCCCGUACUCCCUGCCAAGGAAGCCCCCAUUAUCUCAUCCCUAUUCACCAUUGCCUUACUUUUUCUCUUUUUGGUUAGGUCAGUGAACAAUUUCCUGAUAACAGGUCCCAAGGCCUAUCUGACCUACACCACCAGCGUGGCCCUGGGUGCCCAGAGUGGCAUUGAGGAGUGUAAGUUCCAGUUUGCUUGGGAACGCUGGAACUGCCCUGAAAACGCUCUCCAGCUCUCCACUCACAACAGGCUGAGAAGUGCCACCAGGGAGACUUCCUUCAUUCAUGCCAUCAGCUCCGCUGGGGUCAUGCACACCAUCACCAAGAACUGUAGCAUGGGCGACUUUGAAAACUGUGGCUGUGAUGAGUCAAAAAAUGGAAAAACAGGAGGCCAUGGCUGGAUCUGGGGAGGCUGCAGCGACAAUGUAGAAUUUGGGGAAAAGAUCUCCAAACUCUUUGUGGACAGCCUGGAGAAGGGAAAGGAUGCCAGAGCCCUGAUGAAUCUCCACAACAACAGGGCAGGCAGGCUGGCAGUGAGAGCCACCAUGAAAAGGACCUGCAAAUGCCAUGGCAUCUCCGGGAGCUGCAGCAUCCAGACGUGUUGGCUGCAGCUGGCUGACUUCCGGGAGAUGGGAGACUACCUAAAGGCCAAGUACGACCGGGCACUGAAAAUCGAGUUGGAUAAGCGGCGGCUAAGGGCUGGGAAUAGUGCCGAGGGCCGCCGGGCACCCACUGAGGCCUUUCUUCCUAGUGUAGAGGCUGAGCUGAUCUUUUUAGAGGAAUCGCCAGAUUACUGUACCCGCAAUUCCAGCCUGGGCAUCUAUGGCACCGAGGGUCGGGAGUGCCUGCAGCACAGCCACAACACAUCCAGGUGGGAACGACACAGCUGCUGGCGCCUGUGCACGGACUGUGGCCUGCAGGUGGAAGAGAGGAGAAUGGAAGCCACCAGCAGCUGUAACUGUAAAUUCCAGUGGUGCUGUACAGUCAAGUGUGACCAGUGUCGGCAUGUGGUGAACAAGUACUAUUGCACGCGCUCCCCAGGCAGUCCUUGGUCCAGGGGCAAGGGCAGUACCUGAUAAUGCCUCACGAACUCACUUGCAUGACAAUGGAGGGGGACACAGCUUCUCUCCUGGAGAGAGGAGAUUUGAAAACAAUUGGAAAAUCACAGGGUUGGUCUGUAAUUCUCUUGAUAUCUGCCAUACGUGGGGAAAUUGCGGCCCAAGAUUAUACAGCAUAUUCUUGACAGAGCUGAAAUUGAAACCUG